CUUUAAUCUCAACCUGUUUCCUCCUCCUCCUCCCGCGGCUCCUCGGCACUCCCGUGCGCGGCGGCGGAGCGCCUGGGCGCAGCCCGGCAGCAGGACGCAGCGGCGGGCGCGGGCUCCCCCGUCCUCCCCCAGCGGCCGGUGCGAGGAUGGCUCGGAGACCCCGGCACAGUAUAUACAGUAGUGAUGAUGAUGAUGAAGAUGUUGAGAUGUAUGAUCAUGAUUACGAUGGUCUGCUUCCUAAGACUGGAAAACGUCACUUAGGAAAAACCAGGUGGACCCGCGAAGAGGAUGAGAAACUGAAGAAGCUGGUGGAGCAGAAUGGCACAGAAGACUGGAAAGUCAUUGCCAAUUUCCUUCCUAAUCGGACAGAUGUUCAGUGCCAGCACCGAUGGCAGAAGGUAUUAAACCCAGAACUUAUUAAAGGCCCGUGGACUAAAGAGGAGGAUCAAAGGGUAAUAGAACUCGUGCAGAAAUACGGUCCAAAGCGCUGGUCUGUCAUUGCUAAGCAUUUGAAGGGAAGGAUUGGAAAACAGUGCAGAGAGAGGUGGCACAACCAUUUGAAUCCAGAAGUGAAGAAAACCUCCUGGACAGAAGAGGAAGAUAGAAUUAUUUACCAGGCACACAAGAGGCUGGGAAACAGAUGGGCAGAAAUCGCAAAGUUGCUGCCUGGACGAACUGAUAAUGCUAUCAAGAACCACUGGAAUUCCACCAUGCGCCGCAAGGUUGAGCAAGAAGGCUACCUGCAAGAGUCCUCCAAAGCCUGUCACUCCUCAGCAGCCACUGGCUUUCAGAAGAACAGCCAUUUGAUGGCCUUUGCUCACAACCCACCUUCUGCACAGCUGCCAGUUGCUGGCCAGCCAGCGCUGAGCAGUGACUACCCCUACUACCACAUUUCUGAGCCGCAAAAUGUCCCUGGUCAGAUCCCGUAUCCAGUAGCACUGCACGUAAAUAUUGUCAAUGUUCCUCAACCAGCUGCUGCAGCUAUUCAGAGACACUAUAAUGAUGAAGACCCUGAGAAAGAAAAGCGAAUAAAGGAAUUAGAGUUGCUACUAAUGUCGACUGAGAAUGAACUGAAAGGGCAGCAGGCAUUACCAACACAGAACCACACAUCAAACUACCCCGGCUGGCACAGCACCACAGUUGCUGACAGUACCAGGAGCAGUGGUGACAAUGCACCUGUUUCCUGUUUGGGGGAACAUCACCACUGUACUCCAUCUCCACCAGUGGAUCAUGGUUGCCUACCUGAGGAAAGUGCAUCCCCUGCACGGUGCAUGAUUGUUCACCAGAGCAACAUCCUGGAUAAUGUUAAGAAUCUCUUAGAAUUUGCAGAAACACUUCAGUUAAUAGACUCCGGCAGUGCGUCUCCAUGGGUCCUUCUUCGCAAAAGGAGAGGGCACUCCGGCCCCUUAGCCAGUGGGCACAGUAGCAGCUUGGUCCUAGCUGACGUCAGCAGCUCAACUCCUCCUAAGCGCUCCCCUGUCAAAAGCCUGCCCUUCUCUCCCUCGCAGUUCUUAAACACCUCAUCCAACCACGAAAACGUGACCCUGGACAAUCCUGCACUAACAUCCACGCCAGUGUGUGGCCAUAAGAUGGCUGUCACCACACCAUUCCAGAGGGACCAGACUUUCAAAGCUCAGAAGGAAAAUCAUGUUUUCAGAACUCCAGCAAUCAAGAGGUCGAUAUUAGAGAGCUCUCCAAGAACACCCACUCCAUUCAAAAAUGCACUUGCAGCUCAGGAAAUCAAAUAUGGUCCUUUGAAGAUGCUGCCUCAAACUCCGACUCAUCUUGUAGAAGAUCUGCAGGACGUUAUCAAGCAGGAGUCAGAGGAAUCUGCAAUAGUGGCUGGGCUACAUGAAAGCGGCCCCCCUUUGCUGAAGAAAAUCAAACAAGAGGUGGAGUCUCCAACAGAUAAAGCUGGAAAUUUUUUCUGCUCGAAUCACUGGGAAGGAGAAAACCUGAACACUCAGCUCUUCACACAUGCAUCCACUAUGGAAGAUGUGCCAAAUCUUCUCACCAGCUCCAUUUUAAAGAUGCCUGUGGCUGAAGAGGAUGGUAGUUUUCACAAAACAGUUGCAGUACCUAGGAACAGACCACUAACUAGUCCGCUGCAGCAUCUCAACAACACUUGGGAGUCAGCAUCCUGUGGGAAGAUCGAGGAUCAGAUGGCACUGACAGAUCAAGCACACAAGUACAUGACCGCCUUCCCCACCCGGACUCUGGUGAUGUGAAAGGGUCGACGGACAGAGAAGCAUUAUGGUUUUGAGAACACUUCGCCUCCAAUGGGAAAUUCCUGUUCCUCUGCAUGAAAACUUUUCAUGAAUGGGAGAAGAGCCUAUCUUUGUUGUGGUACAACAGUUGGGAGCAGCACAAAGUGCAUUUAGUCACUCAGCAUGUAUAUUCUUGUUGGAUUUCACCCAACUUAAGAGGAUUGUUUUGUUGUGUUUUUUUUUAAUGAUACUUGCCUAAAUUAUUAGGUACUAAGUUUGAAUCAGUAAUUAAUGAUCUUAAGUGCAGACUUAUAAUAAUGAUAAUUUUUCUUGUACUUUUGGAGAUCAAGCAGACCUAAUACACCAGUAUUGUUAUUUCAGUGAUGUGCUAGCCAGGGGUGGGGGUUUGUUUGUUUCUUUUUUAAUUUUUUAUAAUAAAAGAGCAGGUACUCAAACAGAUGUAUUUUAAAUCACUGAACAAAAUGCAUUGGUAUAAAAGUACUGAAGUGAAAAGCAUUACUACAAACCCUAGUCUGUGCAAAGGGGGAAGACUGAUCAAGAUCAUGAAUGCUCAAACAUCCAUGCCUCUUGAAAUUCUCUUUUCUGUUAUGGUUCUAGACCAUUAUUCAUUGUGUGUUUCUGUCGGGGGGGGGUAAUUAGCUUGCUUGAAAAAACAUUACUGUAUGAAACAUAGAUUUAUGAGAAAAAUUAUAUUUUUUAUUCAGUAAUUUAAUUUUGUAAAUGCCAAAUGAAUACUGUGUUUUGCUGCUACAGACCUUAGCGUGUAGACAUGCUGCUAGUGUAAAAGGAGUAGAGCUUUAUAUGGAAAGAAAACAAAUGUUGAUGUUAGCUAAUUGACUAUGCACUAGCAUUUCAAAUCUUUUUAUUUUAAAUUUUUUUACAUCACUUAUAUUUUUUCCCCUUUUGUUUUUUUAUAAGCAAUAUUUUUGAACACUGUUCCUGGGAGACUUUCUUUUCUUUUUUGUCUAGAUGUGCUGUUUUGUUUCUCAUUGGUUUGUAACAGCAUGCAUUGCACCUUCAUACAUUUGGGAGAUCGCUGUUGUGUUCAUGUUGUUUGUUUUGUUCCAUGUCUACCUAAUUGUUCCCUAGCUUGGGUCUUGUAUACUGAAUCAGGUUCUUAGAAAUACAUGGUUCUAUGUACUGCCGUACCAAAUCUUUACCAAUAUGGCAAAACACUGAUUUUAUUUUAUUUUUUUAUUGUUUGGGUUUUUUUAUAACAGCCUCUAACUUUGCUGCCUUAAAAGCAUUUGGUGCGGCUUCACCUGCACUUAAUUUUUUAUACGAAAAUGUACUGCCUUGUAGAUAAAUAAAGUGUGUUCUUUUUUACUUAAACCUA